AUGACAGGUCGACAUCAAGAAGUGGCUCCCUUUUCCUUUCACUGUCGGAUCUGCUAUGAGCGGUUGAACCUUACCGACCGGCCGCCCGUGGUUCUUCCCUGUGGCCACACGUAUAUUUGCCAGCAGUGCUCGCAACGGUUGACACGAUGCAUGGAGUGCCGUGUCAGGAUUGUCCCCGUCAAGAGACCUCCAGCUCAACAGUCCAAUCCCAACACUGCCAGGGGCUACCGACACCGCCAUACACAACAACGUCAUCAGAACUAUCAAUAUCCCGUCCCCACUACGGUAGAUGAGCUACACAAUGUCUGCAAGGCGACAGCAGGCCAGGAAGACAAACGGCCAAAACUGCCCAAGAAUGUGGUCCUGAUGAGUCUCUUGGAAGCAGCCCAACAAAAGGUGGGAUCUUCAGCCAUGAAAGACGAUGACGAUGAUGCCUAUGAAAGUGGAGACGAUGAUACACUUGUUUUGGAAGGACUGAGAGCACUUAAUAGCUCCUAUGGCACCUACGUUGUCAAGGCCAAGGAAGGAUUAUGGGUCUUUGACGGAAAACCAUCAGCGGCACAUUUGCAACAACACUUGCAGCAACUCCAAGCCGCCAAAUCACUCUCACGCAGCAAUUCCCUCAGCAGCUCGGAUCCUCCUGGAAAGAGUCCUUCCAAGGAAAAUCAGGAUCCCGCCAAUCCACUUACCAGACGUGUCCGUAGUUCGGGUGACGCCGCCAAGAAGGAUCGUCGCAGUAGCAAAUCGAGGUCACCCAUUCCCACGGCCAUUGUCACGGACUCGGACUCGAGUCUCAACCUGAGCAUUGCCAGUGGCUCGCGAUUGCCGUCAUCCAUCGGCAAACAACCAAGCAAAAAGGCACCCAAGGCGAAGGAACUCUUGAUUCAUGGACAGACGGUGCAAGUGGUGGUCUUUGGGCCCGAAUUUGUGGCGCAGCUAGCAAGAGGGGGAGGGUACAUACGGGUGGAACGUGACGAUCAGUUGGUCAAAGUCGGAGAACCUGCUGAUGAGGCGUGUCGCAUUGAAGGGAUCAUCUUCUCCGUUCUGGAAGAAAAGAAACAGUACAAGAGUCGCAUCGCCAACCUCAGCAAGUUGGAAAAGACGAUGCAGUCGUCUUUACGCAAGUUCUACAUCAAGGAAGCGGAAGAACUAGAGGAAAAGAGGGCCAAGGCCAAACUGGAGCAAUUGGAACGGGAAAAGGCAUCGCUGCACAACACAUCCGUGGCACUAUCGCUCUUGGAGGAAGCUAGCGAUGACGAUCAAGAGGACGAUCUCUUUCGUCCUGUCAAUAUCACGCCACCAUCUUCGCCACCUCAGCUGUUGGAAGUAUCUCCCGACAGUGGGCUGGGAUCUCCAGUGUCACCUCGUCCAUCGACCACCAGACGUGGCCAAGCUGCUGCAGCAGCAGCCACAGCGCAGGCAGACGAAAUGGUAAACCCGCAAGCCGCACCUGCGUAUCACUACGAAAUGAACGGCACUGCGUCUCCACGUCAAGCAGGAAGUCCUCCCAGCAAGGAUAACGCGAGCCCCACAACCACUUGGGAAGAGGAUUUCUUUCAGCAUGGGUGCGAUAUGUUCUUUUGCGCCACCAUGCCACUCUGUGUGGGUCCAACGGCAUCUACGGCAGUCAAUGACGUGCACGGAAUUGUGGGACCAGCCCUGCAACCCACUGCCUCCAUCCUGACUGGCAUGGAUGCUGGAAGUCAUCAUCAGCAACACCACUUUAUGAGUCAUCAAUCGCCGCUUCACCAUCGGCAGCACUAUGUGUUCCCUUCGUUGGACCGAAACGAGUCUUUGGAUGGCAAUGGCUCUACGUUAAGCAGUGGCAGUACGGUCGCCAGUGGGGCCGUGGACUUUGCUACUGGGCUGUCAGGACAUUACGGCAUCUCGCGGGGUGGCAAACGACGACAACCGAUUCGCAAGAAGGAAGUGCGAAUGAUGAGCCAACAUGAUGGCGUCGCCCAUAUUCGACGCACGCAAAAACACAGUGGCGCUGCCAGUGUGGUCAGCGUAGGGGGAUCCUCCAAGGCUUCCAUUGCGACCUUAAAUCUCUCCAUCGCUGUAAAGUAG